CGCGGUUCCGGCUACAUGGGAGCCGACAUUUGCAAAUGGCCGUACUCAAUCAAGGGGAUAUCAAACGGUAAAGGCGAGAGGCGGUGAGGGGCUGUCGAAAGGAUGAUGGGACACGCGGGGCUGCUCCCUCCUCUCUCAUCGUGCUUCCCUUUUACUCGGCUCCCCCUUCGGUCGAGACCGACCACCAUUCUCUUCAAACCAGUAGCAACGGCGGAUUUCAGCAAUGACCCAGUUCGGGAGUGGAUACUUACCGAAGGGAAAGCAACGAAGAUCACGCGGAUCAGUUCUGUUGGUGGUGGGUGCAUCAAUCUUGCUAAUCGUUACGAUACCGAUGUCCGGUCAUUUUUUGUCAAGACCAACAGAAGCAUUGGGCCCGAGAUGUUUGAAGGCGAAGCUUUAGGACUUAGUUUGAUGUACGAGACAAAGUCUAUUCGCGUGCCUCGUCCUUUCAAGGUUGGUUCACUACCACGAGGAGGUUCCUUCAUCAUUAUGGAAUUUAUAGAAUUCGGGCCGUCUAGAGGAGACCAGGCGAUGCUGGGUAGGAAGCUUGCUGAAAUGCAUAAAGCUAGCAAAUCUGAUAAAGGAUUUGGAUUUCCUGUUAACAAUACAAUUGGCAGUACACCUCAAAUAAACACUUGGUCCACAGAUUGGGUCCAAUUUUAUGCUGAGCAUAGAUUGGGCUACCAAUUAAACUUGGCUUUACAACAGUACGGGGAUUCUGCGAUCCAUGAAAAAGGACAAAGGCUAAUAAAUAAUAUGCACAAACUGUUUGAAGAUGUUGUGAUUGAACCGUGUUUGCUUCACGGAGACCUGUGGAGUGGGAAUAUUAGCUCUGACAAGAAUGGUGAACCUGUUAUACUGGAUCCAGCUUGCUACUAUGGCCAUAAUGAGGCUGAAUUUGGGAUGUCAUGGUGCGCAGGAUUUACUAGUUCCUUCUACAAUGCGUAUUUCGAGGUAAUGCCAAAGCAUCCGGGCCACGAGCAGAGAAGGGAUCUGUAUUUGUUGUAUCAUUACUUGAACCACUACAAUCUGUUUGGUUCUGGUUAUCGUUCCUCCUGCAUGUCUAUAAUUGACAAUUACCUGCGUGCUCUGAAAGCAUAAGUGUUGUCUUCUUA